AUGACUUCAAAGGCGUACCCUCUGCAAUACUCGCAUUUAUUGCCCGAGCAAGAGCCUACUCCGGGUCCAGCCUCAACGCCAAGUGCAGCCUAUGCCACUGCAUCUAAAGUCACAGAAAGCCUUCCUUUGAACGCCUUACAGUCCAUGUCUGCCUUAGCUCAACCAACUACAGAUAGAGCAGUGGAAGCUAGGAUGUCACCACCGGAGAUGCCACCACCAUCCCAGCGUUCGCCUUCACCCUCGCAGUCGAGAUACAAUUCACCUCAGGCAAUAUACGGACGGUACUGUGCAGCGAGAACCGCCUGGUAUGCUGCCCAGCCUCGUGGAAGUGUCAAAACAAACCAGGAGUAUCGGAGGGCAAUGGGACUUCCCCUGCGGUACGGAAAGAAAUGCUAUGAGUGGUGUCUUGACUACAAGCAGAUGAACAGACGCUGCACCACCUCCAAGGGGUCAAGGGAUUGGCUCAAGGAGGAGAUGAUGGCUUAUCUAGACUGGGACAAAGCUGAACAGGAACGGGUUGAUGAGCUUGCCGUCGCAGAAGAGGGAGAUAACCCUUUUCUGAACAGCAGGAGAGGUAUGGGGGACAUCUGGAAACGAGCCGAGAGAGACAAUGCCGAACAAGAGGCGUUGUAUGCUGAGGGUCAGCCCGGAGAGUGUAUCAUGGUUAUAUCGUGA